AUGCAAUUUUAUUGGAGUCCUGAAUUCUAAGGAGGAUAAAAAUCAUACAGAAGUUAAAAGGGAAUUUAUUCUCAUUUUUUUACCAGAUCCUAUCUUCCUCCAUGCGAGAUUUCGCUCCUUUCAAUAAAUGUGAAUGAUAUUGAACAACUAAUCAAUUAAUAAUUGCAAGGUGAUGAUAAUCAACCAGAUAGAACAAUUGCAUGUAUUGAAGAGUAUGCAAAAGGGUACAAAACUAAAAAUUUGAUCAUGAAUUUCGGAGAUGACUUUGUUUAUACUUCCGCUGAAGAAAUCUUUGAAUUCAUAGAAGUUUUUAAUAGUACAAUCUAAUAAAAAACAUCAAGAUAUGAGCUUAAAUAUAGUACUUUUACAGAAUACUACAAUGAAGUCAGCAAAGAAAUAAGGGAGAAAAAGAUAGCACUUAAGACUUAUAUUGGAGAUUUUUUACCACUAUAUAUGCAGUUUGAAGGUUCCACUUGGAAUGGCUACUAUACAAGUAGACCUAAUUAAAAAAUCUACUUGAGGGAGUUCUCUUAUAUGGCUUCCUAUUCAACUAAUCUUUAUGUUUCAAGUUAAAUGUUUAAGAGAAAUUCUCUGCUAUUGCAAUAAAGGUAAAUGGUUAAUACUUUAUUAAAAGAAUAAAGUAUACUGACACAUCAUGAUACAAUCACCUCAACAUCAGUUGAGAGUGUACUUACUGAAAGAUUAUAAAAGCUAAACUAAACUCUAUAUGAAAAUAGUGAAAUAAUUGAUGACACAAUAAAAUAAUUUAUGCUUUUAAAACUUGACUAUAUUGAACCUAUGAUACUAUAAUACAAUUAAGAGUCUUCUCCUCUGAUAAAGAUUGUUAACGGAAUGAAUAACUUCUUAAUUAUGCAUAAUCCUAGUACCAAAGAAAUAGCUUUUCCACAUUUAAGAUUUGAAGAUGAUGGAAGCUUCCUAAGUCUUAAAGUUUGGGAUGAUAAUCUUCUUCAAUUUGAUGUAAUUGAAUAUGACUAGUUUAAUUAUACAGAUUGUAAAGAAUAGAAACUGCAAGAUAUUUAUCCUAACAUAAAAAUCAAGCCAUUUUCAUUCAGUAUUAUUGAAAUGAAGUAUGGUAAUGACAUAGAUGAGAAAGAAAUGCAUGAAAAGUAAACACUACCUAAGCAAGAGGAAGUAACUUAGCUACUUAAUCAUGGUAAUAUUAUCAGAGACACUAAUUUUAACAAAAAAUAUAAAUCAAGCGUCUCAAACUCAGCUGAUGACUAUUACAUUGAACUUGAAGGAGAAAAUUUUGCUAGUAAUGAGAAUAUUUAAAAUAGCAAAAAAGAUAUGGAGAUUACUACAAGCUAAUGUACUUUGAGGAUCUUAGAUAUCUAAAAUUCCAGAAUAAGUUUAAAACUUAGAGACUAAAUUACUGAGCAUUCUAUUUUCUUCUUCUUUGAAAUAAGAUACUACUAAAGUUACGAUAAUGGUAAUUCAGAAACUAGUGGAAUUUAUGUUUUCAAAACCAAAGACGCUGAUUCUAAGAUCUACAACUUAUAAUUGAAAUAAUUUCAUGCUUAGCACGGUGACAAUGUCUCUCAGUUCAACUUAUAAUUUAGCUCUGAGUAAGAUGGAGAUGCCUAAAUCUUUAUUAAAAUGAAGGAAGAAACCCAUGAAACAGGAUGUGGAGAAAUUGAAUUUGAUGUUCAUUCAAUGGGCAUUGAGCCUAAUAAGGAUGUUACAGUUAACUGGAUUUAACCUGAUAUAAGUAACAAUGGAGUUUUUUAUACUGACUCAAAUGGCCUUGAGUUCAUCAAAAGAAAAAAGAAAGGAAUGCAUGAGUAAGAUAAAGAUUAUGACUUGUCAGCUCCAUAGAAUUUUUAUCCAAUUAACUCUGCAAUCUUUAUCGAAGAUGAAGAGGAUUAAACUUAAAUGAUUGUGAUUAACGAUAGAACUUAAGCUGGCUCAGGAUUUAGAGAAGGCAGCAUUGAAUUAAUGUAUGAUAGGAGAAUUUUGAGUUCUGACAGCUUGGGUAACCCAGAAAAUUUAGAUGAAAGAUAUGAGGAUGGUACUCCACUUAGAACGAAUAACAAGUAUUACCUCAGAUUCACUAAUUCAAAAAAACAUGCGUUCAAAGCUAUUUUCGAGAGGACAUUUAAAACUUUUAACCCAACUCAAUACUACUAUGCUAAUGACUUAAUAAAGGUACCUACUAAAAAGCAAGUCUAAAGCUAUUAAGUGAAUUAUAAAAAUUUCCAAGCAUCUUUAGAUAACCUAAACAUUAUAGACUUAAAGUUGUCCCCUGAUUAAUAAUUUUAAAAUAUCACUAUGUGGUUAGUGCAAGAAAACAUAGAAAUGGAUGACAUGUCUCAUUUAAAAAUAAUCAAUGGGAUUUAAGAACUUAUUAAAAACUAUUGUAGACUUUUAAGUUAAGGAGAGGAUUUUAAAUGUAAUAGGUAAUUUAAGAUCAAGCCAAAUAAGCUUACAGGAUAAUACUUGGAUUUGGAUGGAAAAGAAUUUAAAUCUCCUGAUUCAUCAAUAUUAAAAUUAUUAGCUUUUGAAUUUGAAAUAUGA